AUGCCCUCUUCCAAUCAUCAUGAUGAGCAGCCAAGAGUAGCGAAACCUGGUAUUUCUCUUAAAAAGGCUCUGAUCGGCGGCAGUGGUCUGGCUCUCCUGGCCUCUGGCAACCUUGGGCAAGCAACAGCAAGUCCUGAUGGCGCAUUAGCUGUCAGAAAUCCAGGCCAACCUGACUCUGCCACUGUUCCUACUGCGCUUGAGGGGACAUAUCAUGAAGCAGAUGCUCAACAAGAGUCAGAGGAUAUGUCAUUUUCGCCAUCCGCAAGUGUCUUACCAGAAGUUCCUGUUAAUCGCCCCCGUACACCACAGGGCAGAGGAAGAGGAAGAGGGGGAAACCCCCGUGGUGGACGUGUUUUAAGACGUGCUGUUCGUCGAGAGACAAUCAAUGAAGAAGAUGAAAUGCUUCCCCGUUCGGCCCAACGCGGCAGAGGGUGCGGCGUCGUCCGUGGUGGUUGUGGCAGGGGGGCAGGGAGAGGAGUGGGACGCCGCAGCCCUCCAAACCAGGCUAUGCAUACUGUUGAUGAAAAUGAGGAAGAUGCACAUUCGCCAAAGGUAAUAACAAAGAAGAUAAUCGCGCUGGAUGUGUAUUCCAACGAUACCAAACUUCAGGCGUACGCUGAAGCACUAGGGCAAUACGUCUUCUGCCCUCUUCAUAGAGAACACGAAAUGCCAACGCACGUCAAGAAUUGGAUAUCUCAAAUUCAAGCAAUCCGCGCUUCGAACAAAUUAGCCGAGUCAAUUUCAACAGACCCAGCCGCAAUAAAGAUUGUCUAUCCCAAGCAUCUUAUUGGAGAUGACAUCUACGACCUUCCAAAUAUUGAGCAGAGAGGUGAUAAUAAUCUGCUAAAUUCCCUAGGGAGGCAUUUCACUGACCCGUCUGGCAUACAGGCGUUGAAGCCCAAGUCAGGACCGUCGGAGGGACAUGUUUAUGCGUAUGAAGUUGAGGGAAACCCAGGCUUCGUGAAGAUCGGUUACACAAGCUUCACGGUUCAGAAGAGAUUCGAAGAAAUUGCCUUCAUCUGCAACAGGAAGCCGAUAGGAAUUUAUCCUAUCCCGACAAACAUAAGCAAUACAAUCAAAAACCCUAAACUAGUCGAGGCCUUGUGCCACGCGCAGCUUCGAGAGCACCAAGUAACGGUGGACUGUCAUGCUUGCCUGCGCAAGCACAAGGAAUGGUUUCGUGUCUCCCGGGAGGACGCAAUUAGCACUGUCCAGAAAUGGUCGAGCUGGAUGGAGAAAGUCGCAGCCGAGCCGGUCUGGAGGCAAUGGUUAGAUCAUAAAAUUCAAAAUACCCAGGAUCUGGGGCAGCUAUUGAAGGAGUUGGAAAGGGGAUGCUCUAUGAGCACUUUGUGUCCUGAGAAGGUCUGA